GAUGACGUUUCGCGCGGCAGACACACGAACCGAGACAGACCGGACCGACAGACAGACAGACCAACCGACAGACAGAUAACGAAAGAAAGAAGAGGAUCGGCUGUCGAUUAAUUAAACGCAGUGCGUUCAAAUCAGAGUCGAUAAACUGUUAUACUGUAAUAAAUAUAAGAAACCGUUUGUUUUCCUUGUGCGCUUUAAACAAUAUUUUCAUAACGAAUACGUGAGUUAAUUAACGGUGGUGUUGUUGUUGUUGCUGUUAUUAUUAUUGUUGUCACCGUUGUGCUAUGUACAAGUUUCUAUUUCGCAAAAUCGUAAACAAAACCAAGAACAAGCAAAUCAAAGAUGAGCUGAAGGAUGUCGUUGCGGGAAUGGAGGCGCUCGAUGUGCCUGAAGACAGGCAAACCAACAAGGAUAAACAGAUGUCCAUCGGACGCAAGAAGUUCAACAUGGAUCCCAAAAAAGGCAUUGAGUAUCUCGUGGAGAAUCGACUGUUACGUCACGAUCCGCAGGAUGUGGCGCAUUUCCUCUACAAGGGCGAGGGCCUGAACAAAACGGCAAUAGGCGAUUACCUCGGCGAGAAAAACGAUUUCAACGAGGAUGUGCUGAAGGCAUUUGUGGCCCUGCACGAUUUCACCAAUCUAAUACUGGUGCAAGCACUGAGGCAAUUCCUGUGGUCAUUUCGGUUACCCGGCGAGGCCCAAAAGAUCGAUCGCAUGAUGGAGACAUUUGCGCAACGCUAUUGCCAAUUAAAUCCGGAUAUCUUCACCAAUACGGAUACCUGCUAUGUGCUCAGCUUUGCCAUUAUCAUGCUCAAUACAUCACUGCACAAUCCAUCGGUCAAGGACAAACCCACCGUUGAGCAAUUCAUUUCGAUGAAUCGUGGCAUCAACAACGGCGGUGAUUUGCCACGCGGUCUGCUCGAAUCGCUCUACGAGUCCAUACGCACAGAACCCUUCAAAAUACCCCAAGACGAUGGCAACGAUCUGAUGCACACCUUCUUCAAUCCCGACAAGGAGGGCUGGCUGUGGAAGCAGGGCGGCAGAUACAAAUCGUGGAAGCGACGCUGGUUCAUAUUGAACGAUAAUUGCCUGUACUAUUUCGAGUAUACCACGGAUAAGGAACCGCGUGGCAUAAUACCGCUGGAGAAUAUAUCGGUGCGCGAGAUACCGGAUCGCAGUAAGCCGCAUUGUUUCGAACUAUUUGCCAGCGGCGGCGCCGAUAUCAUCAAGGCAUGCAAGACUGACUCCGAGGGCAAGGUGGUGGAGGGUAAACAUACGGUAUAUCGCAUGUCUGCCGCAACAGAGGAGGAUCAACAGGAGUGGAUAAAGCGCCUGACGCAAUCCAUCAGCCACAAUCCGUUCUACGAUAUUCUGGUACAAAGAAAAAAGAAGGCGCUCAGCAAGAGUUAAUAUUAAAUCGGUGCUGGCCGAGACACGCCUACAUUUUGGGGUGUGUGUUACUCCUGUAUUGGAUCUCAGUGGAACAUUGCGGCGCGCAAGCGUGUGUCCUUGCUUAUGUAUGUGUGGGUGUCUGAGUGUGUGUGCGUAGCUGUAUUAACAAUAAUCUCGCUGUAUGUGUGUGUGUGUGUAUGCUGUAUGCUGUAUGCUUGUGUAUAUUUAUGUGUAUGUACAUGUGUGCUAUCAAACUCCAAAUGUUGUACUAAGCCCAACGUUUUGUAUAUAAGUAUCAAUAGUGUAAUAUGUUUAAUUUAAUUUUGUAGUCUGCGUGCAGCCCUCUCCUUUUGCCUUUUUGUUAAUUAGUCGAGACUCAAAAGCAGCACAUCACACACCCACACACUCACACAACCCACCCACACACACACAUACACACUCACACACGAACUUUGUCUCUAUUGUUGUGAUAUAAUUUAUUUACAUUAAGCUGAAAACAAAUUAAAAAUACAAAACAAAAAAAAAUCGAAACAAAAAUGGCAUCAAAAAUAUUAUUAUGUAAAUUCUAAAGAAAUACAAUUUUCAAUUAGUGCAAAUUAUGUUAUUAUAAGUCUAUGCAUAUGUCUUCAACCUAGCAUUAGCAUUUGAGAGUUGCCCUCAAAUCCCCUCUUCCCCGCCCGCCCUCUAUAUAGUUUACUAUUAUGGCCAGUAUCCUUAGUGCUAUGAAACAUAUCCCAGACGCCUAAUUUUGCUUGGCAAUUAUUAUACAAAAAAUUACACAAAAAAUUACACAAAUGCCUUUCGAAAACUUUAUUUCAAAACAUCGAAAAUUGAAGACUCUUAACAAAGUAAAAAACAAAACAACAAAAAAUCAAAUUAUGGUGUAAGAGACUAUGAAAAUUAACAUGGACAAUACAAUCAUGCAUUUCACCUAUGGAAAUGUUUCCAGCUAAUAAGUUAUAUUGAUAGAGUUUAAGCUCAGCUCCAAUGUUUCAUUAGAUAGUGCUGAAGUCAACCAAAUAUCUGACAACGACUGAGUAGAGUUUCGUUCAUUGAGGAUACAUUCAUAUUUCGAAAUGGUUUUGUAUUGUAUUGUGUUUUGUUAAUUUGAUCAGUUAGAAACGAACCAACCGCAAAGUGUUCCUGCCAAAAUGAGAAGAGUAAUCGUAUAAUUGUAAAAUUGAAAAAAAAGAGAAAAAAACAAAUAAAUGUUAAUUAAAUAAUCAAUUUGAUUGUAAAUUCCUUAAGCCAAAAAAUUAUAUAUGCUUGCAGCACCUUGUAAUUUUAUCGUUCAUAAAACUUCAUUGUAUAUCUGUGAUAUACAUAUAUAUGAAGUCUGGCCUAUUUUGUUUCAACACCAUCUGAGCCAUCAAAAUCGAUUUUUUCUCCAUCAUUUAGUAUACUUAUGGAUGUUUGUUAAGGCGCAGUUGUAAUAGCUCAAAGAAUAAUGAAAGGAAAAACCAAUCUAAAUAAGAGUCCCAAAUCUUUUUGCAAUAUUAUUAAUAAACUACACUAUUAUCAA